AACAAGGAACAAUCCAAAGAUAGAGACAGCUUUAAAGCUUUGCUUGUUAUGUUGGCUAUGUUGUUUCUUGUUUAAUUCCAUUAUUAAACAAUGAAAAACUAAAAAAAAAAAAGAAGCUAAAUUUAUUAGCAUCAUUUUUCUCUUCUUUUUCUUUCAUCUUCCUUGUUUGGAUCGGAUCUGCCAUAGCUUAAACACAUUAACAAGGCAAACCCCAAAGCUGUUUCACUUUCCUCUUUAAAAAAACACCUCUUUUUCUUCUUUUCCUGGGUUUUCAUGAAAGUUUUUGCUGUUUUAUGAUUCAAAGCUUUGGGUUCGCUUGGUGUUUGUUGAAAUUCCUCAAUGGAAUCACUAGUGAAUAGGAAUCCUUCGUCAAAGAAUCAAAAACCAGGUCCUUCAACGUCCCAUUUAGCCGAUCUCAACAAUGGCGUUCGGAUCAUCCGACACCCGAAUGGUUCCAUAGGGUACCAAAAGCAUUCUUCACAAGUGCAGAAGAAUAAUGAGCCAAUGGUGAAGAACAACGAGGUUCUUGUUGCUGCUAACCAGAUGAACUUGACAAUGGAAACCAAAGAUGAUACCGUGUCUAAAUCAGAAUCAAGCUUUUGUCAAAGCCCUUCGACCAACAUCUCCAAUGGCAAACCGAGUUUCACCAACACUGAACUCAGUGAGAGCGGGAGCUGCAGCGGUGAAGUGAGUCGGAAAACAAGCGUUUACAGAGGGAGCACCGGGAGUGAUUUCAGUGAAGAGAGCAGUUCAAGCUGUUUAAGCAGUGCCGUUUACAAGCCACACAAGGCCAAUGAUAUCAGAUGGGAAGCAAUCCAAGCUGUGAGAUCAAGGAAAGGGGAUUUGGACUUUAAGCACUUUAGGGUGUUGAGGAGAUUGGGAUGUGGGGAUAUUGGUAGUGUUUAUCUCUCUGAAUUGACUGGAACCAGGACUUAUUUCGCCAUGAAAGUUAUGGAUAAAGCACUUUUGGCAAGUAGGAAGAAGCUUCUUAGAGCUCAGACUGAGAGGGAGAUUCUUCAGUCAUUGGAUCAUCCAUUUUUGCCAACUUUGUAUACUCACUUUGAGACUGAGAAGCUUUCUUGCUUGGUCAUGGAGUUUUGCCCUGGUGGUGACUUGCAUGCUCUCAGGCAAAGACAACCUGGAAAGUACUUCUCAGAACAAGCUGCAAGAUUUUAUGUGGCAGAGGUUCUCCUUGCUUUGGAGUAUCUUCACAUGCUUGGGAUUAUUUACAGAGACCUUAAGCCUGAGAAUGUUUUGGUUAGAGAAGACGGUCACAUAAUGCUCUCGGAUUUCGACCUCUCUCUUCGAUGUGCCGUCUCCCCGACUCUCGUCAAAUCUUCGAACUCGAACCAGGAAUCGAAGAAUUCAGCCUACUGUGCUCAGCCUGCAUGCAUUGAACCAACUUGUGUAAUGCAGCCGGAUUGCAUCCAACCUGCAUGUUUUGGACCCCGGUUUUUUUCGAGCAAGGCAAAGAAAGACAAGAAGAGCAAAGUAAAGAAUGAGACAAACCAUCAAGUGAGUCCUCUCCCUGAGCUCAUUGCAGAGCCUACCAAUGCUCGAUCGAUGUCGUUCGUCGGCACUCAUGAGUACUUGGCACCUGAGAUUAUUAAAGGCGAAGGUCAUGGAAGUGCUGUAGAUUGGUGGACAUUCGGGAUCUUUUUAUAUGAACUCUUGUUUGGUAAAACGCCAUUUAAGGGGUCUGGGAACCGAGCAACGCUCUUCAAUGUUGUUGGCCAGCCAUUGAGAUUUCCAGAGUAUCCUAACGUUAGCUUUGCUGCUAGGGACUUGAUCCGAGGUUUACUCGUAAAGGAACCGCAGCAUCGGCUCGCAUAUAGACGCGGUGCAACUGAAAUUAAGCAACACCCGUUCUUUCAGAGCGUAAACUGGGCACUCAUUCGUUGCGCGAAUCCACCUGAAGUGCCUAAGCAAGCAAUGAUGGACUUUUCAGCCACCCGAACCGACGUCCCGAAGGUACCGACGAACAAUAAGGUUCCCGGUUUAGACGUGAAGCCUUCAGGUAACUAUUUAGAGAUCGAUUUCUUUUGAUCAUUGUGAUAAUGUUUCAUUUCUCGGUUUUUAUGGUUCUCCAAUGGUACUCUUAAAGGUUUCAUUCAUGCAAUGAAAGCU